UGGUCCAUUUAAGAAGGGAAGAGUUGUGCAGUCGUUUCUCUUACUAAAUAGUUUAUUGCCUGUGCUACUUAGAAAAGCUGGAGGAGAGGGCAAAAUAUAUCUAGCAGAUACUAUUUUGGGUCUAGUGGGAAAGAAAAUAAUAUAGAAAAGAAUCUUGGCUGAAAAGAUGAACCCUGCAUAUGACUGUUAAAAGAGCUACAUCUGCAAGAAAAGAAAAAUGAAGACAGGACAUUUUGAAAUGAUCACCAUGCUCCUGGCAACCUUGAUUCUAAUGGACAUCUUCCAGGUGAAGGCUGAAAUAUUAGACAUGGCAGAUAAUGUAUUUGAUGAUGAAUACCUGAAAUGUACGGACAGGAUGGAAAUGAAAUAUGUUCCCCAACUGCUCAAGGAAGAAAAAGCAAGUCAUCAACUCUUGGAGACUGCAUGGGAAAAUGCAAAAGCCAAAUGGGAAUCCCAGAAGCCUCAGCUGUUUCUCCCUACAAAGUUUAAGGAUAACCAUGGAAUAGCCCUGAUGACGUAUAUUUCUGAAGCUAAAGAGCAAACUCCUUUUUACCAUCUGUUCAACAAAGCUGUGAAAAUGGCUGGCCAGUCGCGAAAAGAUUAUAUCUAUGGCUUCCAGUUCAAAGCUUUUCAUUUUUACCUCACAAGAGCUCUGCAGUUGCUGAGAAGACCUUGUGAAGACAGUUACAAAAGCGUGGUAUAUAAGACAAGCCAGGACAUUUCAUUUACAUUUGGAGGACAAAAUCAAGCCAGACUUGGCAACUUCACAUUGGCAUAUUCUGUGAAACCUAAAGUAGCCAAUGACCAAAACAUUGUUUUAACUAUCUACACAUGCUUUGGAGUUGAUGUUGAAAAAUUUUUUGGUAAAGAAAGUGAAAGAAUUACUUUAAUACCCCUGAGUGAAGUUUUUCAAGUGUCACAGGAAGAGACUGGCAAUAACCUUAUCCUUCACAGCACAAACAAGACUUGCAGCCAUUAUGAGUGUGCAUUUGUAGGUGGACUAAAGAGUGAAAAUUGUGCUGAGAACCAAGAAUCUAUUCAGCCUAUCUAUGUCUACAACCCUGGUGAGGAAAACCAGAAGCUCGAAGACCCUGGUGUGAAAAUCCAUGAACUUCCCCAAAUACCUGGAAUGAAAGUUCCAGAACCUUUUCCACUACCUGAAAUAAAAGUGAUACAACCGGAUGAAAACUCUGAAGACAGACAUCAAGGAAACAUGGAUAAUCCUACUCCAGGUCCAGGUCCAGGUCCAGUUCCUGUUCCAGGUCCCAAAACCCAUCCUUCUGCAUCUUCUGGCAAUAUGUUCCUUCCACCGCUUGGGGCAUUCAUUAUUUUAAUCAGCACUUCUGCUGUAAAUCUUUUUGUAGUUAGAUAGUUUGAUACAUUGUCUUUCUUAUUCUUUACUUGGAAUGUACUGCUGUGAUCCCACAGGAGAGCAAAAAGAAAGAUGUAUUUUUUUCAUUUGUUGGUCAAAGUCACUUUAUAAAAUGAGAAUUUUGUAUAUUUAUUUGUUUUACCAAUUCAGAAAGUUGGUCCAGAUAUGGCACAGAAUUAACUUUUCAUUUAAUUCUACAUUAAGCUUAUGAUUGAAAAAAACCUCUAAAACUGUAUACCCAUUGGCUUCAAUAAAAGACUUGAU